AUUUGGGACACCUGUCCUCCUCCUCCUCCUUGAGAGAGAGAGAAGCCGCUCCUUAACCCCAUCCCAGGCUUUUGGUCCCCUCCAGCUGGGCUUGGAGGGGGAAGAGACCGCCGCGGGACCGAAGGGGAUCGACCCCCUGGACGCUGAGACAAAAGGCCCCUUCCUCUCGCCCCUCGGAGCCUCCUUCGCCAAGGAAGAAAGGAAAGGAAAGGAAAAAAGGAAGGAAGGAAGGAAGGAAGAUGCGCCUUGAGAAGUAGCCUCCUUCUCCAAGGAAGGAAAGGAAAGGAAAGAAAGAAGGAAGGAAGGAGGAUGCGCCUUGCGAAGUAGGCUUCUUCUCCAAGGAGGAAAGGAAGGAAAGGAAAGGAAAGAAAGAGGAUGCGCCUUGAGAAGUAGCUUUCCUUGCCAAGGAAGAAAGGAAAGGAAAGGAAAAGAAAGGAAGGAAGGAAGGAAGGCAGACAGGAGGAUGCCCCUUGCAAAGUAGCCUUCUUUUCCAAGGAAGAAAGGAAAGGAAAAGAAAGGAAGGAGGAUGCCCCUUGCGAAGUAGCCCCCGUGGCUAAAGCUUUGGAAUAUCUGCCUUCGGAGCACCUCUUGCCCUCCGCCGCCCCCCCCCAUCGCCUCUCCUGUGGGACCCGGUCCAGUCAUGGCUUUUCCCUCCCGGAGCUGGGCGCAGUAAGAAGAGCCCGCCGUGGCCAAAUCCAGGGAUUGAGAGAGCGAUUGAGAGAGCCAGAGCGAGAGAGGCCUGGGAGCCGGGAAGAGGGCUGGAGGGGCUCCGUCUCCGUGGGGGGCUCCGUCCCAGCCCCGAGGGGAGCCCCUUCCGUGGGGCCAGGAAUAACUUUCCCCUCCGGAGGAUCGCCGCGGGUGCCUUGGAGCCCGAGCUUUGCCUUUUCCGUCUGAUUGAGUGAUUGAUCGGCCUUUUUGCAAAAACAAAACUGAGCGAACCUUUCCGACAAGCAACAACACCUGGUCCGCUUAGAAAUAAACCAAGGAAAGGGGAGGGGAAGCGGGGGGGGGUGGUUGGGAAGAAAAGAAAGAAAGAAAGAAAGAAAGAAAGAAGAAGGUCAUCCCAGGGAGCUCGAAGAGCUCUGCGAAGGAAAAGCCGCCGCCGCCUCGGUCUCGCGUGGAUCGGCUGCCCAGAUGGAAAUACACUGUAAGCACGACCCGUUCGCAGCGAUGCAUAGACAUGGAGGAGUGAACCAGUUAGGGGGUGUUUUUGUGAACGGCCGGCCGCUCCCGGACGUAGUCCGCCAAAGGAUUGUGGAACUCGCCCACCAAGGCGUCAGGCCCUGCGACAUUUCCAGGCAACUACGGGUCAGCCAUGGCUGCGUCAGCAAAAUCCUCGGCAGGUAUUACGAGACUGGGAGCAUUAAGCCUGGAGUGAUUGGGGGCUCAAAACCAAAGGUUGCCACACCCAAAGUAGUAGAAAAAAUUGCAGAGUACAAACGCCAAAACCCCACCAUGUUUGCCUGGGAAAUCAGGGACAGGCUCCUCGCUGAGCGAGUAUGUGAUAAUGAUACGGUGCCCAGCGUUAGCUCCAUUAACAGGAUUAUACGGACAAAGGUACAGCAACCACCCAACCAGCAAGUCCCAGCUUCUAGUCACAGCAUAGCGUCUACAGGGUCGGUGACACAGGUGUCCUCAGUAAGUACAGACUCAGCCGGCUCCUCCUACUCCAUCAGCGGGAUUUUGGGAAUUACGUCCCCCAGCGCUGAAAGCAACAAACGCAAAAGAGAUGAAGGUAUUCAGGAGUCUCCAGUACCAAAUGGCCAUUCUCUCCCGGGUAGAGACUUCCUUCGGAAACAAAUGAGGGGAGAUCUUUUCACCCAGCAGCAGUUAGAAGUGUUGGACCGAGUGUUUGAACGGCAACAUUAUUCAGACAUCUUCACGACAACUGAACCCAUAAAACCCGAGCAGUCAACAGAAUAUUCAGCCAUGGCUUCACUAGCUGGUGGAUUAGAUGAUAUGAAGGCUAAUUUAACAAGUCCUACUUCAGCAGAUAUCGGAGCCAGCGUUCCAGGGCCACAGUCCUAUCCUAUUGUGACAGGUCGUGAUUUGGCAAGCACAACCCUCCCUGGAUACCCUCCGCACGUCCCCCCUGCUGGACAGGGCAGCUACUCUGCUCCGACGCUGACAGGGAUGGUGCCUGGAAGUGAAUUUUCUGGAAGUCCAUACAGCCACCCACAGUAUUCAACAUACAAUGACUCCUGGAGAUUUCCUAACCCUGGAUUGCUAGGCUCUCCUUACUAUUACAGUGCUGCAGCCCGGGGAGCAGCACCACCUGCAGCAGCUGCUGCUUAUGAUCGUCACUGACACAAGGAACCAAGAGGCACUUACUAAACAUACCACGCUGGUUGACACCACUGGAAUCACCUAGAAUGCAACUGCAGAAAUCAAACUACAAGGAAGGAUAAAAGAAAGUAUCCCCCACUGACCCAUGCAAUGAUUGGAUUGUUAUUCUUUUAGCUAGGUGAACUGCGUAUUACUUCCUUUUUUUUCAUUAAUGAAAUUCUAGUGACCUUAACUGAAUCUCCCAUAAAAAGCAGAGCAAACAAAGAAUCCGUUUUGUUGACAUUUCCUGUGGCUUGCAAGAUGUGGUAGCCUUGUGUUUCACACAGCCAUCUUGCUUUUGGACUGACUAGCUAUCUCCAGUUCUCCUAGCCAUGUGAUGGGAACAAGAACAGUUCUCAGUGCUUAGCACUCCUCUGUUGAAUGUCUCUCUUUAAUGUGCAUUGUGACAGGAUGACUGAUUCCAAAAUGGACCAUACCGGUUGGGUUUUAUUUUAAGGACAGGGCAUUGAGAAAAAAAAAAUUGGUCAGUUCGAAUGACAAAGCACCAAUGUAAAUAACUUGCUUCUUUGUGUAACUAUAGAGUGGUUUAGCAUCAAAUACUGCAACGUGGAACACAUGAUGAAUUUAAAACACAUUGGAAAAUGUGUUUCCUUACUGGUGCACUGAUUCCAAGAAUUCAGUAAGCUUUAAAACAACCCUGAAUCAGGUUAUCAUUCAUUGUGGCUAUUUCUGGGGCUAAUGUUCUUUCUACAUAUAUGAUUCUAAUGUGACAGUCAUAUAUGCUCCAUCUAUGGGUAUUGAACAUAUAAAUAAAAGACAGACAUGGACAGUUAGUGCCAUUUUAAUUCCUGGACAUUAAUUUAUGUUUAUUUGUAACCACACUUAACACUAGCACAUACCCUCUGUCUUUUAAGUUUGACUGAACAUGAAAAGAAGGAAUUCCAAAUAACUGAAGCCUUAUGUACAUUGAAAUAGAAUAUAUGUAGAAACUGGAGUACAGUAGUUGUAUAUUUCCCAAAGUGAAAUUUGUUUUCUCAAAAAGUGGUAAAUUGUAACUAAUAUGAAAAACAUGCUAAAUCUCUCUUGAUAUUGUUUAAAAUGUUGGAGGUCCACAGCCACUCAGCUCCCCUACUCCAUCUAUACGUUGAGCAUUGAUGUCAGCAGGAAGAAACCUUAAACCCAUAGGUUUCCAUGGUAGCUGGAACUGUACAGCUCCCAUGGAAGUCUACAUAGGGAUGCUUUUCCCAUGUAGAAGCCUUCAGGUAAAAUGUUCAAUCACCAUAUCAAUUUAAUAAAAUUUGAAUCUAGGUAACACAAGUAAGUUUUCAAAUUUCCAAAGCUUACAUGGCAUUUACAUCUUCAGUUUUGGCGUGCUGGUUGCUCAUGGCUGGUUGGAAAGAAAACUGAUCUACAAAUGUUUGUGUGACCAUUCCCUUCUUCUUUUACUCUCUCCUCUUUUGUACCUGAGGACAAACAGUUUGGCACAAUGCUCCAUGUGCCUAUGUGAGGCAAAGAAAUUGUUGAAAAUAACCCUAAGAUCCACAUCUGAAAUCAAAGGGGAAAUUAUUUGCUCAUUUUCAUCAGCUCACCAAUUACACUGAGAUUCAAUUCAAAUUUAACUUUGCAGAUUAGGAGCUGUUUGGGCACAAGCUGGUCACAUAAACUCUAGCAGUAAGUAAAACAAACCUCAUAUGAGAUCCAAGAUUGAUUGCUUCCUGUGCCACAGGGUACCAAACCAGCCAGGUGCCCAGUUUAGUUGGUUUUCAGAGUUGGCAGCUAGUGAGAGUGUCGAAGAGAUAAGAGUCCAGCACUGUCCUUUGCUAUGGAUGGACUCUAUUCAUGCAAAGCAUUGGGGAAGGAAAAGGGCCUUUCAUUGGUGCCCGGUACCAAAAUAGGGCACUAGCAGGGAAGAGGCAGUAUGAGCACCACCCCUUUGCCAUGGUUUGUUGUGUUGGGAACUGAGGAGUGAACCAGAGGUGGCAGAAUUUCCAGGUGCCUUUGGGUGCCCAUAGGCCCUGCUGACUGAACAAAACAUAGCAGUGGUCUGUCUGUAGCCUCUGGGGCCAUAUGUUAUGUACCUCUGCACUAAACUAUCUGAAGCUGUUGCCACACUGCAAAAGGACAAUGCUGAAUUGGCUUCUUCCACUGAAAAUGUUUUGCAAACUGGUUCCUGAAGCAAUUCCCAGAGAAGGUAGUCAUGUUAGUCUCCAAAAUGACUAAACUUCUUGUGGCACCUUAGAGAGAGGAGAAUUUAUCAUGGUUUAAUCUUUGAUGUAUUACAAUCCAUGCUUAUUUCACAUACAGAACUAUACUUAUGCCAUACCACAUCUGCUGGUCUUUCAGGGCCAUGAGACUUCAUUUUUUUUAAAUGUAGCAAUUUUUUGAUUACAGCAGUGAAGCUAGAUCAAUCUAAAGAUUCAGAAAAAUGUGCCUGUUUGAGGUUUUUAAUGGAAGUCCUGCAUCCCCUGCCUUAACACAUGAUGGGGAGAUCAAUUCUCCUCUCCAGGAUCCUUAUAGAGAUGCUUUACAAACAGCUCAGCAGCACAACCUUUUCCAAUGCUUACUAGCAUGCAAGGGAUUAUAGGGUCCUGAGUUUAGCUAGAACUUUGUUAAAGGAGUCCUCUGCUGAAGAAAGGAAAGAUAGUUGCAAGUAGCUUCAGUCUUGAAACCACUCACUCUGGAAAAUUCCUUCCAGUGUUAAUGUCUGUUUAAUAUGGAUUGGUCACUCUCAAAAGAUUUGGAGGUGUGAGUCUAUUUUGAUAAGCCCUUAAAAGAGUGGAUGCUUAUCUGAAACAUCUCCAGUUCUUUUGAGGUUUAUUUUCCCCCUCUCCCUUGCCUGCCCUCAAAGAUUUUCCCAGGGAGCUACAUUAAAUAUAAUGGGCAGAACCCAGACAUUUCAAUGGGUCUAUUCCAAACUGAAUUCUGCUUAGCAUUAGACCCACUGAAAUCCUUGUGUCUAAUAUCCCAUUAACUGCAGUGGCUCUACUCUAAACAUGCCUUAGUCUGGAUCCAACCUAUCAUUUCUCAAAAAGAAAGAAAAAAGGUGUUAUUUCAUAUUGUAAAGUCACAGUUUUACAACUUCUUUAAGAUCUGUUACCCUAGCUAGGACUCCUUCAUAAGAAAUAUGCUGACAGUUUUCAAACAAGGUACACAGAAUAUGUAAAAACUGGACUUGUUAAAUCUUUUUUGAUUUAGAAUCUGAAUUCUCAGUUCCUUCAGGAUUUUUAUGUACCAAUAUUUUACUGAUCUGAAAAAAAAAAUCAAACCUUUCAUUCUGCCAAAAAAGGAAGUUAGUUUUCUGAAUAAAACUUUAGGCAAAAGAAACGUGUCUAAUAGUUUUAUAUAGUGUAAUGACUUGUAUCAUUUUAUUGAUAUCCAAGAACACAAUGGGGUUUCCUUUGUUUAAACCCUCUUCAGAAGAGCAGCAAUUAUUUAAAACAUGUCUUCAUAUUUUAUGGCUGUAUUUAAAGUCACACUGAUUAAGGACUGUCUUCAGUAUGCGAUUCUGUUGAUUCACUUGAUGUGUUUUGCCAUCAGCUAUUUGAUUUUUGCACAGUAAAUGUUUUGAU